UGUCAUGAAGGAAACAACUGCUUUGUAAAUCUGGGUAAACGUCUGUAAUGCCUUGAUUAAAACAAGCUACAUUAUAGGCCCAAAACCACUUCCCUCAUGGUUUUCUUUUAAAUGUUUUUAACGUAAAAUGGGCCUGAGCCACUCUAAAACUCAUCCUAGAGUGACCAAAGUAGCACCUUUGCAAAUCAAAGAGGAAGAGACUCCCUCAGCCCACUCUGUGGACGUCGCAUUCCACCAGAACCUGGAAGAAACGAGUUCCUAUUCAUUUGCAAGACUGCGGGACCGGGACCGGAAUAAAGCUUUGGAAGGGCAGCUACCACCUCUAAGAGAGACCUGGUAUGGAAGAUAUUCUGCAGUGCCCAGGACCAUGUAUUUUGACAUCCCACUGGAACAGGGAGAAACAAGUAUUAUUAAAAGGCAUCCACCCCGAAGACUUCAAAAGCUUGAACCCAUCGACCUGCCACAAGUAAUGACUUCUGAAAGGAUCCUGAGCCAGCAAGAAGCCAGGACAACUCACAAAGCAAAGCAGGAACUGGAAAAGAAGAUGCAAACUCCAGUGUAUUCUUCUGGGAAAAGACAGUAUUUACACAAGAUGCAAAUGCUGGAAAUGAACCGUAAACGACAAGAGGCCCAAGUGGAGUUGAAGAAAAAUCAUCAGGAGGCAAGAAUUAAUAGGCAGAAAUUGGGGGACCACAAAACCAAUAAAAUACUUGAAAGCAUCCCAAGAAAUGAUGAUGAGGAGGACUUUCUAACCUUUUUGCCUGAUGAAACUUUGGACCAAAGUUCACGAAAUUCAGAGAAUGCAGAAUUUUUAGAACAUCAUCCAAUGAAUGACUGUUGUCCCCGGAAAAUUGGUAAAAUGGAAAUAUGGCUCCGUGAACAAGAGACGCGGGGACAGCUUCUUUGGGACAGUUCCAGCUCUGACUCAGAUGAGUUAGGGAAGGCUGAGAAGAAACCACGGGCACUGGUGAGGACCAGAACUGAGAGAAUUCCACUUUUUGAUGAGUUUUUUGAUCGACAAUAA